GGACGGAUGGUGGGGAUGGUGGAGGUGGUCAUGAUGGGUUGGGAGAGGGUUUGGGAGUGCGGGGGGGGAAGAGGGGUGACGUGGAUGGGCGAGGAAUGAGGCGAUGUGCUGGAUGCGCCGGAUGAGGGAGGAGGUGGAGGGAACUGAACAAUGUUGGAGGUUGAAGGGUUGGUGGAUGUAGUGGUAGAGGUGGUAGGAGUGGAGGAGGUCGGCGGGGGGGUGUUGCUGAAGGCGGUUGUGGAGGAGGGAGUGGUUUGCGCUGUGGAGGAGGGAGUGGUUUGCGCGGUGGUGACGACCGUGAUGGAGGGGAUGGUCCCUUCGAUCGUGGUGACGCAGUCGCAUAUGGACGACAUGUUGGCCUUUAUGUCGUCGAGAGAGACGGUGACGGAGGUUCGGAGAGUGUUGAGUGCGUGGAGGAUGGCGGAGAGGUCGGGGGUGGCGGUGUUUGCUGGUGGUUGUUCGCUUGCGAGGUUGCGGGCGAUGCUAUCGACUGAGUCUGUGCGGAUGUCAGACAUGUUGAUGGAGGAUGCGGCCAUGUCGGGGGAGGAUGCAGCAGCAGCGGUGGUGGCGGCAGCAGCGGGGGCGUUGGAGGCAGGUUUGGAGUUCUUGGUUUGGCGUGGUGGCAUGUGGAGAUGGGGGGAGACAAUCCCUUAUAAAUUCGAAAAUAAAUGAAUAAAUAAAGAUAAUUGCCAAGA